GGAGAGAGAGAGAGAGAGAGAGGACUAGAACAAACCUAAUGACAGAUUUAACAAGUUUCUGUCACUGUUUCUGUAUUUGAUUUGUAAAUAUUUUAAUUUUUCUAGGAAUAUUAGUUAAAUAAUUGUUCAGGAUGAGUGGUGAUUUUGUAUGGGCUAUUAAAAAUGGAGAUCUAGAACAAGUUAAAGACAUAAUUGAGAAAAAGUCAGUUAAUGUUAAUGAUGAAGUCCAGGGACGACCUCUCAUACUAUAUGCUGCGGAUUAUGGACAAACAGACGUUAUUGAAUACCUAAUAUCUGCAGGAGCAGACGUGAAUUCCAAGGAUAAGUUUGGUAUCACCGCCCUUUUAGCAGCUAUCUGGGAAGGUCAUAAGGACUGUGUAAAAUUACUUUUAGAAAAAGGUGCCAGAAAGGAUGGAGUUGCCCCAGAUGGAAAAACGUAUUUAGAGUCUGCCGAAAAUAAUGAAAUACGACAACUUUUAUCUGCUUAAAUUUUGUUUGGUCCAAAACUGUCCAAGAAAUGAUUGAAUUUAGUGAACAAGAUUAGUAUUAGGUUACAAUUUUUCAAUUUAAAUUAAGCUUUCAAGUUGACCUUUGAAAUUCAGUAAAAUAAGGUCAUAAACAGCAG